AUGGAGCAGUCGCAGCGGCCGGGGAUCAAGCGCCCUUGGGAUGAGGGCAUAACAUUAUCAGGAAGGGGCGACACAUGGAAUGGAACUGGACUGCCUCCCAUUGACCGCCGUCCUGCUCUGCCACAUGGCGGGGAAGCAAUCCACGAUCCGCGCAAUCACUAUCCCCGAGAAUCAACAGAAUUGGAGGCCAAGCGGCCAAGAUAUGUGCGCGAUGAGCAUCAGCACUCCCCGGGGGAUAAUUUUGGCGUGAAUGGCCAAAUGCUUCAUUCACGGGUGAACCAUACGAUAUAUGAUCCAAAGCGCAUAAGCCAUGGCACUACCCAAUCACCUCAGUUCGCCUCUAAACAAAGAGUUGAAGGAUGGGGAAAUACUAGCGGACGACCUGGCCAACAUGUAGAGCCCCGAGAGUCUACAAAUCUCUGUCGCCGGUGUAGGAAGGCCAUCACGGAACGACCAGAUGGGGAUUCCGUGGAAUCGGACGAACGCUACGCAACUAUCCUGCGAACCACAGCAAGUGAGCUUAUGCGGCUAGUGGGGACGCUCAGUCAACGGAUUCCGUACGAUGACAGGUACGGGAGAGGGAUGCCACGUUUGAGUCCCGAUCGACCUAGUACAGCCGAAGACGAGUAUCCUCCGGUAGAGCAGUUCGGCUUAGAACAUACUUUGAACUGGAUGCUAAAUAGGGUCCAUCACAUUAAUAGGCAUGCGGACAGGCUCGUGCAAGAAAUUCCUCCAGAUACGUUCCAGAGGCUCAAAACGGAGCGCUCACAGAAUGGCAUGCAAUCUUCUAUAGAUCAUGCCGAUAUUAUGAACCGAGGUUUGGAUACGGAGCGGGAAUCGGCCUUCAGAUUGAGGGUUGAACCCUCCGAUCCUGCCUUUGAUGGCAAGCUCUACACAAGGGACACUGUCUCGGUCAAAGAUGACCCCUCACCUGUACGAUCCCCUUACAACUACCAUCCGUCCCAGUCAUCGGAUGGAUCCCAUGGCCGACUUUCUACCAUGAACCCCCCUUUGGCAUCAACCCGCCAGCUACCAUCUCCUCCUGGCCGAUCCGUUUCGUCGCCAACAUCUGCCAGCUUCCCAUCCCCUUCAGCUGGUUCAUUCGGGAGCACAUCGCAGCCAGCUAACGUUCCCACUCCUUUGGGCUUACAGCCAUCCUCCCCAAAUAUAUACCUACCACCAAUCGGUUCCGCGCGUUCUUCCGAUUCUGCAUUGCAAGCCCAUUCUGCUGCACUACAGCAUGAUGUCUCUGUGCAAAAGAUUGCCUUAUCAUCUCUCCAAGCCGAGCAUGACAAGCUACUUGCUGCCUACCUACGCUCACAGACUCGAUCCAGUGCGCUAGAAAAGAAGCAUAGUGUAUCAGAUGCUGAAAUUAUAACCUUGACAGAGGAGAAGCUGAGACUCCAGACUCAAGUCCUUGACUUGGAGAAGGAUAUCGAGGAUAUAUCGAGAAGCAGGGACGAAUGCAGACAGUCUGCUGUACAGGAAGGGGCGCAGUAUCUUGAGAUUGUCAAGAAAGCCAGUCAAUUGGAGGCUAUGGCUGUGGGGGAGAAGCAGAGAUGGGAUGCUUCGAAAAAGGAACUAGAACAGAGGAUUCAGGAGUUGAAAACCGGAAGCGGCUCCAAGGGUGGUUUGGAGUCCGUGGGAUCCGCAAACCCAACUUCGGCGACGUCAGUCGAUGGCAUGGAAAAACCAGCGUCGUUGCAGCAGCCGUUAAAUAUAUUCAAGUUGGAAGACACUGGAGGCGAACGAGCGGAAGUGAGCACGAUGGCGCCAGAGUCCGCAAAUGGACAGCGGGGUUCAGUGAGAGUUCUCGAAGAGGAAAUACAGCAUCUCCGACAUCGAUGCGCGGAACUGGAGAAAUGUUUGCAUGAAGUGAGAGCACAGAAUCGAUCCAUGGAUGGCCUCGUGGACGCCCUAGUCCAUGCCAGAAAAUCGAUGCUAGAACAAGCUGAUAAAGCGCUUCAGGAGUAA